AUGCCAAUUUUUUAUAAGCCAAAUAUUUCAGAUGAACAAUAUAAAAUUGAACAAAUAGAAUUUGUAAGUGAUUAUAGUGGAAGUAGUUAUUUAUUAUUAUUGUCUAUGUUUGUAAUAAAUAUAUAUUUAAAUUAUUUUCAUCAUUUAUUACAUCAUUAUUUUCCUGUUUUUCAUUCACAUUUUGUGAUAUAUAUAUUAAGUGACUUAUUUAUAUCUAUUCCAGCGAUAUUAAUUCCUAUGUUUUUUUCUUCAAUAGUAUAUCCAUUAGUUAUUAUUUUAACACUUAUUUAUUUAAUUGUUUGUUAUCAUUAUCCAAAAAGACAAUCACCAACAAUAUAUCCAGUUAUAUCAGUUGGAUUUGUUGAGUUUAGAAGUAUGAUUAAUCUUUGGACUUUAAUUGCAAUUCUUGCAGUUGAUUUUCAUAUAUUUCCUCGAAUGCAUACUAAAAGUGAAUUUUAUGGAUUGUCUUUAAUGGAUACUGGAGUUGGUGCAAUUGUUGUAUGUAGUGGAGUAGCUGCUGGAUUAAAAGAGAAUCAAACUCCAUAUUUUAAAAAUUUAAUAUCAAAUGUUAUACAUUCAUUACCUUUUUUUAUAAUAGGUUUUAUUCGUUUGUUUGCAACAAGUAUAACGGGUUAUCAACAUCAUAUAAGUGAAUAUGGAAUGCAUAUGAAUUUCUUUUUUGUAUUAGGUUUUGUACAAAUAUUAACUUCAUUAAUUCAUUCAUCAAGGAAGUAUUGUGGCAUUGUUUCCGUUGUAUUAAUCAUUGGAUAUGAAAUAAUUCUUCAAUACUUUGAUUUAUAUAAUUACUCACUUACAGCAGAUAGAAUGUCUAAUUUAUUUGCUGCAAAUAGAGAAGGGUUUUUAAGUAUUAUUGGAUAUACUUCAAUUCAAAUUGCAAGUACUGCAAUGGGAUAUUAUUAUACACUUGGAUGUACUAAACAAUAUAGAUUUAAAUUAGAUGUUAUUAUUGUUAUUAUAGCAUUUAUUGGUUAUAUUGCUUAUGAAGUUAUUUCUCUUUACAUUCCUCCUUGUCGUCCAUUGAUUAAUUUAACUUAUUUUAUUGCAUUAAUGUCUCAAAUGAUGAUUUGUUAUGCUAUUUGUGAUGUUAUUCCAAUGUACCUUCCUGUUAAACAAACUGCUGGUUCUAAUGGACUUAGUUUAAAUCAACUCCCAUUGUUUUUAAUUGCAAAUGUUAUAACAGGAGUUGUAAACCUUCUGUUUUAUACUUUAUAUGUUCCUACUAUUGAUUCUAUUGUAAUAAUUUUCAUUUAUAUUGCCAUUGUUCGUAUUAUGGCAUUUUGUUUAGGUUAUUUCCAUAUUACGUUUAAGAUUCAAUCAAUGCAACUAGUUAUUCUUAAUGACGAUUAUAGAACACCUUAUAAAUCUUAUUCUCUAUUUGGCUUCUUACGGUAUUUUAAAUCUUUAAAACUUCAACCAAAUUCUUCAAAUGAAAAAAGAUAA